GGCUUUGAAAACGCUGCGCCUGCGCACCACGUCGGGCUCCCGGGAGAGGCGGUGCGCUCUGCAGACGCCCCUGGAGCGUCUUUGAGCUAAGGUGUCAGCUUCGCCGAUGUGCUCUGCUCCAGGGGAAUAGCUCCAUGAAUAACUUAAAUGACCCCCCACAUUGGAACAUCCUGCCCAAUCCCAGGGCUGAUGGAGGUGAUGGAAGCAAGUGGAAUUAUGCCCUGUUGGUGCCAAUGCUGGGAUUGGCAGCGUUUCGUUGGAUUUGGUCUAGGGAAUCCCAAAAAGAAAUAGAGAAAGUAAGAGAAGCAUGUCAUCAGAGAACAGCUGCUUUCCAACAGGAUCUUGAAGCUAAAUACCACGCCGUGAUCUCAGAACAUCGACGUGCAGUUGCUCAACUGUCUUUGGAACUGGAAAAGGAGCAAAACAGAACAACUAGUUUUCGAGAAGCCCUUAUUUCUCAGGGCCGGAAGUUGGCAGAAGAGAGGAAGCUUCUUGAACAGGAACGCACUCAGCUGAUGCAAGAAAAAAGCCAGUUGCAGCCUCUGAGAAGUGUCUACCUGAGCUGCCUGGAAGGAGAGGAUGACUGGCAGAGCAGAGCCCGGGCUGUGCUGAAGGAUGUGGGAGAAGCUUUAGUGGAACGCCAAAAUAUCUACUGCAGCCCGAUCCUUCCCCGGAGUAAAAGGCUGGAGCUGGAGAAGAAGUUACUGGUGCGCUCGUCUGUUGAUCCGGUGGCUGCUGACCUAGACAUGGCAGCUGGCUUAUAUGACAUAUUUAAGCAUGAUAAGCAUUGUGGAGAUGUCUGGAACACCAACAAAUGUAAAAAUGGGAAGCUCAUGUGGAUGUAUCUCAAAUAUUGGGAACUACUUAUUGAACUUAAAAAGUUCAAGAGAGUAGAGAAAGUCAUACUAGAAAAAUAAGAGUGAAAUGAAACUUAAGACCAGGUGGGGGCCAUUCACCGUGGCAAUCAACCUGCAUUCUGGGCUCUCUGAUAUUUACUCUGUUCCUUUACCACCAGGUGUGACUUGGUGCAGCUACCGUUUUGCGAGAACUCAAGUCUUUGCACCCUUUGAACAGUGCAGUAGGGACUUAGCAGAUGAGGUUUUUCUGUGAUGCUCUGCAGACAUCAGAGAUUCACUUUUUCUGAAGCAUUUUUGAGCUGCUAAUAUUUAGCAGAACAAGUACAACCAUAUAUUUUAGUUCUAGGGUAAAGAAAUAAUUUAAAGCUCAAAUAUAUUACUCUUAAGAAAUGCUUUAUCAGCCGGGCGGUGGUGGCGCACGCCUUUAAUCCCAGCACUCGGGAGGCAGAGGCAGGCGGAUCUCUGAGUUCAAGGCCAGGCUGGACCGACAGCCUCCAAAACAAUACAGAGAAACCCUGUCUCGUAAAAACCAAAAAAAAAAAAAAAAUGUUUUAUCAGUUUUUACCUCUACUCCAAUUACUGUCCUCCCUUCCCUGAUUUCAUCUAAAAGUUUUAUUACCAAGAUUUAUCUUGUUUGGACCAUUUUUUCCCCACAAAGAAAAAAACCACCAAGUGUUAUGCUCAGCUGGUGUCCCAGUGAAUGCUUAGAACUCAGUAAGCAUGUUUAUUAGCAAUGGCACGCAGUCAGUAAUAUUUGUCAUUUAAAAUUGAUGGCCUCACUUUUUAUUUGUGUGAUUCUUUACUGUUCUUUUGAGACAAUGUUGCUACAUAGUCCAGGCAGACCUCAUAUGUGCCAUCUUCCUGCCUCAGGCUCCCAAGUGCUGGGAUUACAAAUGUGCGUCUUGGGUUGGUAAUUUCACAUGUAUUGUCUCAGUUUUUAGCAUUAUUUGAAAAGUAGACAAGUACUUAUAGCUUAUUUACAUACAGCUUAUAUGAGUUGCUCCUAUGUAUAUAACUUAUAUAAUCCUUACUCUGGUUUUAUGAGCUAAGUGCUAUUAUUUAUCUUUUAAGUGGUUAUUUCCCAAGAUACCCAGAUUCUAUGACUUACUCUGGUUUUAUGAGCUAAGUGCUAUUAUUUUGUAAAUGGUAGUUUCCCAAGAUAUCCAGAGUCUAUGACUUGCCAUGGUUUUCUAAGCUUUUACCUGUGAUUGCUCUCAGGGCUAAUAUUUGUUGUAGCAAGAAAUAUAAAAUUAGCAAUGGCAUGUUGAGCAAGUCUAGAGGGAACCAGAUGGAGCCCCCAGGGUCAAAUUCUAUGGAAUUACAGGGAAUAUUUUCUAGUUUAGGGGCAAGCUGUGACAUGACAGGUUUCCAGGAAAGCUCACUGGUAACUUUUGAUGGGUUAAGGGCUAUUUAUGUAACCCCUCUGACAUAUAGCAGUUCCAUUCCUAGUGGAAGGAAAGUGGCAGACAUCACUCAUAUUCUGCAAGCAGUUUAGGUGUGGUAAUCCAGGUUCCCAGACACCUGUUAGGUACUAGCCUUGUGAGAGGAUGCAGUCAGUAUGAAGACUGUUAAGUGAGCUCUUCUACAUAGCUUUAUUUCCUGGAGGACAGAAUCUGGAGCCAUGAUAGAGAGAUGGUAAUCUGCCGAGGUGAUGGUUAGAAUUUUAUGGAGUGAGUCUGAACUGGGUGUUUGAUUUCUAAAACUAGGAGCCUAGGUUUGCUUGUUUGUCAGUGGCCAUGCAGGAAGUGAAUGAAGUGGUUAGUUUGUGUAUGGAUCCUAUAUUCCACCAUGUACAUAUCUUUCAGAAUAAAAAAUAUGACAAACUUAAAAAUGCUUAUACAGAAGACAGUUCAGCUAUGGAAUGAUUGAGGAACACUGGCGCUCAUGUUUUUAUCCCACAUUAAGUUCUCAGAACCAUCUUGGCAGAAUUGGCAGCGGGCUCUGUCAGCUAAAUCCAGCUGAUUCCAGCUUCAGUUAAAGCUCUUCUCAAUAAAUACUUACCAUGUCUUUCUGCUGUAUUACCA